AUGGAUGCCAAGGACGCCUUCACCGGCCCCGAACAUUCCUUACCGGUGCUGUCCCGGGCGCCUCCCGCAGAGACCGUCGCUGCCGCCGACCCUGAUUUGAAGGAAUCAACGGCAGCUCCAACACUGGAACCCCCCGCCCGCAGUGCGUCGUCCAAGGUGCGCAAGGCCCGCAAGAACAACAAUGCGUCGGGCAAGUCGACUCUAUUCUGGGUCAACUCGGAUCCACAGUCCGCAGCCCAGGGGACCAAGGACGAGACCCUGAAGCGCAUCCGCUCGCAUGUGAUGUCGGAGCACAACCGGAAGAAGAGACUCGAGAACACGAAACGAUACAAGAGCAAAACCUGGAAGCACCUUGCCUUUCAACCUCCCGCGACGGCGAUCACCGUCGGUCCUCAGCCUCUGCCCACAUCGGGGUCGCUUGAUAAUGAUCAGAGCUCGGCUGUGAUUGAAUACUCGGGUGCACAUAAUGAGCUCAUCCCCGCGGGAACUACAACAUACGCUGCUUCUACCGCAUACCCUUCAUCGUCGAGCUGGGAUGACGAUGAAUAUGAUGAAUCCUCCUCGACGUCCAUAUGGUCCUACCUGGGGCAAGGCGCUAGAGAUCCAUUCAACACUGGGCAUACCCACCUCACAGAUCGGAUGAUGCGCCACGUACAAAGCUUCCUUUGGGAUCUCACCCAAGAAGCCCAUCCAUUACAAACUCGCUAUAAGCCAAAAUUGCAGGCGCAUUGGGCCGGCUUGAUCCAAAAGGACCCGGCGAUUCUACACGCCUCAAUUUGCAUGGUGACCUCGAACGCGGCCAUGCAAAGAGGCGAGUUUCCUCUUACCGACCCGAGUAAACCACGCACCCUGCUCGUGCUGGAUACGCUCCAUCACCGCGGCGAGACGAUCCGCCUGGUCAACGAAGGUCUAUCUGAUCCGGCCAAGGCCUCCAGCGAUGAACUGAUUGCCGCGGUCUCCACCUUGCUAACAAUCGAGAUCGCGUCCGGCAAUCCCGAUUACCUCAAAAUCCAUCUAGCCGGACUGCGGCAAAUGAUCGCAUUACGCGAAAACUUUGCCGAUGUACUAUCAGAUAUCCGCUUUCAGAUUUCAUGGACCGACAUACGGGUCGCUUGUAUGGCGCACGCCAAGCCCAUCUUCCCUUUUAUCCGCGGCACCCGUCCAGAAGGGCUAACUCUUACUCCACUUAACGACGAUAUUGCCCAACUAGCUACACGAUUAACACCCCUGACGAAGGUGCCCGGCAUUUUCAACGAGAAAUUGAUACAAACCAUCUAUGACCUAAUUGAACUCAGCUGGUACGCUGAAUGGAUCAAAGGCAACACAGGACAGAAAGAUAUUAGUGAAGAGACCGAAGAUUACUUUAACAAUGAGGUGUUGCAUGUGGAAUAUUCCCUACAUGCGGACCGCUACACGACCACAGGUCAAGUGAAAGGCGACAACUCGAUCGAGGGCUGCACGCGCCUCGCCUGCUUGCUCUUCCACAACUCCGCUAUCUGGAACUUUUAUCCUUCUCUCGCUCCUCUCCUGCCACAGCCUAUCAUCGCCCUGCGUCUCGCCCUCGCCGAGACCAUUCCGACAGGCCUCUUUGGUCUCUGUCCCGAUCUGCUGUUCUGGAUGCUCUUCAUGGGUGCUGCCUGCAGCUCAUAUCUACCGACAGAACGCACCUUUUUCCUCAGUGAGCUAGCUGCUGCUUCUCGUCUCCAGGGGAUCAACACUUGGCAGGAAGCCCGACCUAUCCUUCUAGGAUUUUUCUACGUCGACCGUAUUCACCUGCCCAUGCUCCGCCAGAUUUGGGAAGAGGUGCAGCGGCAGCACACGCCAAUAGAGUUAUAA